AUGCAGCAAUCCGGUUCGACUGGAGGAUGUCUUGAUUCAUGGGAACGUGGAGCCGGUACAGGUGUGAAAGACAUUAACAGAUUGUACGAUGGCGCUAUGGACGACUUAAGAGAAUUUAAGGAAUAUUCCGAUCGUGCGUGGGAUGUAAUGUUCAACGAAAACAAACUAUCCCCAUCCCAGAGGACAAAGCGACGUAGCUAUCCAAAAGCGGCCGAUCUUGACGACCUCGAGAAAAGCGUCCUGGACACAUUUAUGUGUCCAGUUGGACCACCUGGACGUCGAGGAAAACGCGGAGCACCUGGAGAUCCUGGUAUACCAGGAGAAGACGGUCACCCAGGUCUCACCGGUAAAGCAGUUAUUGCACAGUAUCCUACCCACGGAUGUAUUGUGUGCCCUAUUGGCCCGAUGGGACCACCUGGACCCGAAGGGCCGCGAGGCAACCCAGGCCGGCCUGGAUGGAUGGGAACUGAAGGCAGAGCUGGACGUCAUGGUGAUAUUGGCCUUAUUGGUCCACCUGGAGACAAAGGACCUGACGGACCACGUGGAGAACCGGGAUAUCCAGGAGUUCCGGGUCGGCUAGGAUUCCGCGGAAAAGGAUUACCAGGUCCACAAGGUCCGCCAGGGUUGCCUGGUGAUCCUGGAGCUACUGGGCCCCACGGAUCGUACGGAGAACCAGGACUUAUGGGACUACCGGGUGAGCCCGGUGAAGUGGGAAAUCCAGGUGAACAAGGUGUUGACGGCAGACCGGGAUCACGAGGAAUUCGAGGACAUCCCGGCGAAGACGCGGCUUACUGCAGUUGUCCUGCGAGAUCGCAUUUACUUGCUGAGUUAGACUGA